AUGCCCAUUCAAACGGUGGAAAACCCAGCGGAUCUCAGCGCCUUCAGCGACGUGGGCGCUGAUUUCGUGAUCUUUUAUUCAUCGCGGGAUGAUCAGGGGAGGAUGUGGUGCCCUGACUGUCGGGACGUGGAGGAGCAGGUAAAGAAUACAUUUGGAGGAGCGGAUGCCCCUUCCGCCUCGAUCAUCUAUGUUGGAUCGAAAGCCGAAUGGAAGAGACCAGCGGAAAACAAGUUUCGCGAGGACCCUUGGAAGGUAGAGGGCGUUCCAACGAUUUUACGGUUGAAGGAUGGCAGAGAAACUGGUCGCAUCAAUGAGACCGGUAUCCCGACGUCGUUGAAGGAGUUCAUCAAGGGGCAGUAG